AUGCAAACGCAGGCGAAGCAAGCGCCCGAGCCUCACUCCUUCAAGUACUUCCUCCUCGCGAUAAUCAUCUCAGAAGCCAAACUCAACACUACAAGGCCAGCAAUCGACACCGAGCUGACGACCCGAGUCGCCGAGGUGUUGCGGGAGCUCGAAGUCGCCGGCAAGGUCGCGUCGGUCGACGACUUGAUCGAGGACUACAAGCUCUCCCAGAUCCUGGAAGAGUCCAUGAAGCAGAUUCAGUGCGGCUUGGAUCUCCCCAACGGAGAUGCGGCCACCCCCGGUGCGGAGCCGCUGCGGGAGGCGACGGCACAGGGCCAGAUUGCAGAAGCCCACGGCGUGCACAUCUCGAACAAGAAUGACACCAACACCGCCCUCUUCAUCAGGAAGCUGCCUCCGAAUCAGACUCUACAGAGAAAUCAGGGAACAAUCCGUGCAACCGUUGCCGUAAAAGUUGCAGAACCUGACAACACAACCACUGUCACUACCGCCGCCGCCAACGCUACCCCGACCGAGGGCCCAGCUCCCAAGAGAGCCGCGGAGCUCUCCAUAGGCAGUAACGCGAAGAAGAUGAGACUUGAUGCCGCCAAAGAUCCACAAGCAGAAGGAGAGUUGACCGUUGCCAAGUUCACGGGCAUCAGGUCUCCUUUUGCCGCGAAAUCUCAGUUUUACAUAUUUAGGGCUGCCACCGUUCUGAUAAAGCAGAAUGCCUUCGCUAGCCUCAAUUGCCUGCCUCUGAAGAAGGUGCAGGAGUGUCUCAAGGGCAUCACCGACUUGGUCGCCGCAUUCAGGCCCAAGCUGAAAGCUGACAAGUCCAGAGCGCCUGUGUGUCUCAUGAAUUUUGCGAAGAGCGUUUCCUUUGAGAUAGAGCAGGUUGAGAGUGACAUCCUUGGAUUUGUUGAACAAUGCGAGGCCGCCUUGGUGGCAGCCGUUGGCGUGCGGAUUAAGGAGGCCAUCCACCAAGUUGCGAAACGAGAAAUUGAGCAAAAACAACUUCAAUUAAAUGUCAGUUGCUACAGGAUAUUGAUCGACUGGAAGUCUCAAGCCACCAAGCAUGCGGAUUACACAUUUGUGUAG